AUGGAGAACCACCAGCACAUGGACUUUGACGGCACCCUGUACGGCGUCGAGGCUGCCUUUGACGCGACCUUUGAUCCCAACCGCCAGACGUACACGCAGUAUCAGACCUGGCCGCUGCCCAUUUCGCCCGGCGCAAUGCCACAGCACCAGCACCAGCACCAGCAUCAACAACCCCAGCAACACCAGCAUCACAACGCGCACCAACAACAGCAACAGCAACAGCAACAGCAACAGCAACAGCAACAGCGACAGCAACAGCAACAGCAACAGCGACAGCAACAGCGACAGCAACAACAGCAACAACAACAACAACAGCAACAACAACAGCAACAGCAACAGCAACAGCAACAGCAACAGCAUCAACACCAGCACCAGCACCGACCACCUCAGCAACACCAGCAUCACAGCUCGCACCACCAGCACCAGCACCGACGCAUCCAGUCGGUCGCCGCCACAAGUGCCCAGCACAAUGCCAUGCCCGCGACGAGCGCAAUGGCUCCCCUCCAGACCGCCGGCCUCGGCUUCCCUGCCGCCAUGCAGCCCAUGAACCCAAUGCUGGCCACCUGGAUGAACAUCAACACCGACGGCUUUGCCCAGGACCCCUACAUGACGCCCAAUGGAAUGGACAUGACUUCGAGUUUCGACGCUGCCUUUGGCGGCCAGCUGCAGACCUCGCCCGUCGACUUCGCCAUCAACCCGGCCCACAUGAUGUCGUCCAUGAGCAUGCCCUUCAACAUGAUGACCACCACCACCAUGGACAUGCCGCCCAUGAACGCCCCCUUCAGCAUGACCGACUUCACCCACGAGUUCCACAACAUGAACCCCCACGAGUUCACCGCCUCGAACAUGGCCACAGCCAGCAUCGGCAGCGGGUCGCCAGGCGAGCAAUGGAUGGAGGUUCGCUCACUGUCAAGCAGCGACGCUGGCUGGCUCGACGUUGGCGCUCACAACCCCCGCCACUCGUACGACCUCUCCGACUCGUCCGCCAUCGUCUUCAACCCUGCGCAGUCCCUCCACAUUCGCACCUCCUCGGACUCGACAAACUCAAACCAGUCAGACCUCCCACGCUCGGCCGGCUCCCUGGGCAGCUUCGAGGAGAUCAACUUCCCAAUCAACUCGCCUGGAUCGGAGAACAACCUGUCGCUCGUGCACUCACAUGCGCACUCCGACGACUGCAGCCGUGGACACGGCCUUCCGCUCGACCACGACUACACCAACUACAUCUCACCCAACCAGUCCGUCAGCCCGCCCAUGACACGCAUCGAGCCCGUCGUCAUCAAGCAGUCCGCCAGCAGUUCAGCUUCCCCAACCUCCUCGGCCGUCAGCUCACCACCGGCUCGUCGAAGGAAGUCACCUGCUGGCCCCGUGAAUGCCGGCGCGAAACCGACAAAGACCAUUGUCAAGAAGACACCUGCUCACACCACCAAGAAGGACACGACCGGCGAAAAGCGCGUUGGCCGAAGACGCGGUCCCCUCAGACCAGAUCAGCGCCAGCAAGCCCAUGAGAUCCGCAAGCUUCGCGCUUGUCUAAGGUGCAAGUUCCUCAAGAAGACCUGCGACAAGGGUGAUCCAUGCGCUGGUUGCCAGCCAUCCCACGCACGUCUUUGGCAGGUACCGUGCACGCGCAUCGACAUCAAGGACAUUGCUUUCUUCAUGAAAGACUGGAAGGCUGACUACGAGCGUCACGUCAGCCUUGGCUUCUCCAUCGGUAACAUCAAGGGCUUCUCACCCCACGAGCGCCCCAUCUACGUCACCCACGGCUAUGGUCACUACCUGCCCAUCAUGGCCCGUGAGGUGUACGUUCGUGAUGAGAAGUGCUUCGGUGUCGAUUGGCACGAGACUCUCAGUGGCUCCCACUUCGAGAUCAACACCGCCAAGCUCUCUGCCGGUAUGGAAGGUGUCUCGCGUGCGAUGCUGUCCGACUACCUCGACCGCCACAUUGACGGCGGCUUCGAGAACUUUGUCGACGAGUACUUUGAGGGCACUUACUUCGUCACCGAGCUGCUGAAGACUGCCUACCGCUACUACACGCGCGAGAAGCUGCCCGUUAUUCGCAAGGCCCUCAAGCUCGUCAUCGCCUACAACCUGACUCUUCACGUCACCAUGGUGGAGGGCCUUGGUGACGAGGAGGCUCCUGGUAAGGUCGAGGACCAAUCGUCCAAGUUCUGUGGUACCACUAUCGCACCUGUCAUGAUCAACUUCCAGGUCAAGUGCGCCCUGGCCGACAUGUGGCGUGAGCUGCAGAAGGAUGUUCUUGAGGAGCUCUCUUCAUUAUACCAGUCCGUCUACAGUGGUGACAAGCUGAAGAACUGGCCCACCAUCUUUAUGCUCGCAGCCAUACUCCUCGCCGUCUGGGAGCUUAUCCAGUUUGACUGCAGCUACCGCGUUCCCGACCAGUCUGCUGUCAACAAGUUUUGCUCCGACAUGGAGGGCACGCCCGUCGGUGUUAUUGUCGGUCUAUUCUCGGCAAUCUCCCAGAAGCUCCCUUCGUUCUCCGAGUGGGACACCAGGAAGCACCACCACUUGCUGAACAGCAACCCGGCCGUGUGCGAUGCCAUGACUGAUGUCCGCGCCCACGUCACCAAAUACGACACCUACCUGCGUUCGAGAUCAGACUGCAAGUUCGAUCGCGAGGACUUUGACUCCUUGUCGAAUAAGUUCUUGUCCAAGCUGGUUAUCCGCGCAAACUAG